CUGCAGCUCCUCCCACCUCUAGCACCCCGCAAAACCGAUUGAUGUCGCUGGGUCCUGUUAUCAAGCGCACCCUCAUGGCCACUCCCCCCAAAGAGAGCCGCAAGGUGCUCGAGGGCAUCAUUGCUGUGAAUAAACCCCAAUGGGCUUCCUCUGCCGGCGUACUGCGCGAUCUCCAAAAUCAUUUCUCAACUUCGGACGUCCUCAAACCCUGGCUCGACUACACGCGCCGCAACCUCAUUGAAUCGCAAGCGAAGCCGAAGCACCUCCGCAACUUGAACGUUAAGCUCGGUCAUGGCGGCACCCUCGACCCGCUUGCGACAGGCGUCCUCAUUGUCGGCGUGGGGAAAGGCACCAAGCUCUUGGGCCGCUUCCUCGAUUGCACCAAGAGCUACGAGUGUGUCGUCGUCUUCGGCGCCGCGACAGACUCGUAUGACGUUGUUGGCAAAGUGGUUAGCAAAGCCGAUUACUCCCACGUCACCAAAGAGCUGGUCGAGAGCAAGCUCGCCGACUUCCGCGGAAAAAUCAUGCAGAAGCCCAGUGUCUUCUCGGCGCUCAAGGUCGACGGCAAGAAGAUGUACGAGUAUGCGCGCGCUGGAGGGCCCAUCCCCGAGGUAGCUGCGCGGCCCGUUGAAGUGACGGAGCUGGAACUGGUAGAAUGGUUGGAGCCCGGCACGCACGAAUACAUGUGGCCCAAGGAGGAAAUGGGCAGCACCGAGCAAGAAGGGGCUGAGAAAUUGCUGGGAAUAAGGAAAUCAGACGCCGACGCGGCAGCCGCAUGGCAAUCCCGCAAACGUUCGCGGACGCCAGAAAUCUCCACAGAAGAUGCCACCGCUACUAAGAAACCCAGAAUAGAGGAAGAAGCACAAGACCAGACCCCUACCGUCGCCACGACUUCGGCCCCUCAAGACGGCGAAAACGACGACGGGCUCGUCACAAACGCCGAUGAACACCCUCGCUCCCCAUCCUCUGCCGAAGAGCCCGCCAUGUCCGGCGCCCUCGUACCCCCUCCAUCAGACCCGCCCGCCACUACCACCACCGAACCCUCACCACCUCAAGCCCAACAACAGCAACACCCCCAAGAACAGGAACAGCAACAUUCCUCAACCACACCCGCCCCGCAACAACCCAACUCUCCAGGGAGAGCUCCUUCCACCGAACCACCUCCCCAACACCACCCCCCAGCAGCCCGCCUCCGCAUGACAGUAACAUCAGGCUUCUACGUGCGCUCCCUCUGCCACGACCUGGGCCUCGCCUGCUCUUCCCUCGCCUGCAUGGCCUCGCUGAUCCGCACCCGCCAGGGCGCCUACGAACUCGGCAAAAACGUCAUUGACUACAAUGUCGAUUUCAAACAUGCAGACGGCAAAGCGCAUUGGGAUCCGCUCGUUCGGCAGAGGCUUGAGGAGAGCAUGACGGAGGAGGGCUGGACGCCUGAGGAGGUGGACAGCGAAGAGGCGUGGGAGGAGAGGAGGAAGGCCGAGGGUCCGAGGAAGAGCGGCGGUUCUGGGGGAGCUCGACGAGGUGGGGGAGGGUAUCAUAAGAGGGGGGGAGGUUGGCGCGGUCGAUAG